AUGGCGAACAGAAGGCGUAGAAAUACCGCUGGCGCUGAUGAGAUUGCUAAUGCAAUCCAUAGGAUGAUGGAUGCUAUGCAGCCUGUGGCAGCACCACCGAGGGUUAUGAUCCCACCUGUUAGGCCAGUGACCAUAGAGGACUUUAUGCGUCACAAGCCGGCUAAAUUCACUGCGAAAGCCACCCCAGAUGAGGCUGACGCAUGGCUUUGUGAAUGUGAGAAAAUAUUCAGAGUGAUAGAGUGCACAGAGGCGCAGAAGCUAAAUUUUGCCACCUUCCUGUUAGUGACUGAAGCUGAGUAUUGGUGGAUGAGUAUGCAGCAACAGAUGAUAAACAGAGCUGAAGAGGUGACUUGGGCUAACUUAAGGACGAGGUUCCUGGAGAAGUAUUUCCCUGAUAGCGCUAAACAUGAGCGCGAGGCAGAGUUUCUCACUCUACAGCAAGGGAGUCUAUCAGUGCAAGACUAUGUGGAGAGGUUUGAGUACCUCUCGAGAUUCUACUCCCAGACGGUGACGGAAGAGUGGCGCUGUAGGAAGUUUGAGGGCAGCCUCAAACAUGAACUGAGGCGUUUUAUUGUGCCACUGAGGGUGCGAGAGUUCCCAACCUUGGUUGAGCAAGCCAAGAGCGUAGAGCAGCUGGAGAUGGGACCCAGCCGGGUCAACCGCACAUAG